UCUGAGGAAGGGUCUGAUUGGGAGAGGGAGUUUAGGGCUGUGGGGGAAGAGAUGUACUUCAGUUACAGGCCUGGAAGCGCGAGUCCGGGGUCGCCGUCGCAGGGAGGGUAUAGUCCUAAACCCUCUACGAACGGAAAUGACCAGACAACGCCCGUUGCAUCGUUUAUCCUCCGUCCACCGGAACCCACGACCUCGACAACCCCACCUGGCUCUUCCCUGGGCACAAACGCCUACUACCCCACUCCCACCGGUGGCGCGGAAGCGGUGAUAACGUUUAAUCCACCGAUUAGUGCGCGAUACGUCGUGUUGAAGAUUUUCGGGGAUGAUGAGGAUUUGGAGGGGAAUGUGGAUUUGGAGUAUGUUGGGUUUUGGGGGACGAGGGGGAGGAAGUCGGAGGGGAAGGUUGAGUUUCGAUGAAGAGCAUUGCAGGGAGACGGUCAGGGAAGGGAAAGGAAUCAUGUUUGAUUACGGGCAA